UCAGCCACUGUCUCUCUCUCAGCGCCAUGCAGCCUCAGCCUGCUGCAGCUCCAUCCCCCGGGCCGUGACGCGCACAGGGCGAGAGUUAACUCCAAAAUAUUUACUCUGGUACAGAAAAAAACAAGAAGAGAUCAGGAGUGCAUCAUGGAGGCUGUUAAAGCGUUUAACGGAGAGCUGUACUCUUUGAAUGAAUACAAACCUCCAAUCUCCAAGGCAAAGAUGACCCAGAUCACCAAGUCCGCCAUUAAAGCCAUAAAGUUCUACAAACAUGUGGUCCAAAGUGUGGAGAAGUUCAUUCAGAAGUGCAAGCCUGAGUACAAGGUCCCUGGUCUGUACGUCAUCGACUCAAUCGUGCGUCAGUCGCGGCACCAGUUUGGCCAGGAAAAGGAUGUGUUUGCUCCACGCUUCAGCAAGAACAUCAUCAGCACCUUCCAGAACCUCUACAGAUGUCCUUCUGAUGAUAAGAGCAAGAUUGUCCGGGUCCUCAACUUGUGGCAGAAGAACAGCGUGUUCAAAAGUGACAUCAUCCAGCCCUUACUGGACAUGGCAGCGGGACUCCCUCCCCCGAGUGUCACACCCGUCCCUGCCAGCACCGCUGUUCCGGUCAACAAUGUCACUCCGGGCACUCCUGCAACUCCGGCCACUCCAGCCAACAUCAUGCCCAGUUUACCGGACUGGGCCUCUCAGAUCUCCAACUCUGACACCAUGGCAGCGGUAGCACAGAUCCUACAGAGCCCGCAAGGGCAGCAGUUGCAGCAGCUGGUACAGAGUCUGCAAAUGCAGCAGCAAAAGCCUCAGCCGUCUCUCCUGCAGGCGCUGGACGCCGGUCUGGUGGUCCAGCUGCAGGCCCUGACUGCUCAGCUUACAGCAGCCGCUGCAGCCAACACACUCAACCCACUCGAGCAGAGAGUCUCCUCCUUCAAUAAGAAACUCUUGGGACAGUUUGACUUUGGCGCAGAGUCUGAACCCAUCGAGGAUUCUAAAAAGGACACGGCAACACCUCAGUUGCCUAUGGUUUCAGAGUCCAUUAACAACUCGCUCUUUCAUCAGUUGGCUGAGCAACUCCAGCAGCAGAACCUUGAACAGUUUCAGAAACAAAUCUUAGAGCACCAUCAGCAGAAGUCCAUGGCCAUGGAGAGCCAGGAGAGCAUCUUUGGUCCUGAGAACUCGGUGCCUCCAGCCCAGAGCAACAUCCAACCACAACUCCAAGAACAAGAACCCAAACUGGAUGAUUCUAUUGACAACCAACAACAGGACAUGGACCUGGAUGAGGGACAGGACACUGUAGAUGAGGAUAUGUUUGAGGCAGAGGAGAAGAAAACCAGUGGUACUCGUUCCAGAUCACACUCUCGGUCUCGCUCCAGAUCCCCCAAGAGAAGGAGGUCAAGGUCACGAUCAGGGUCUCGGAAACGCAAACACCGGAAACGGUCACGCUCGCGCUCCAGAGACCGAAAGAGAAAAUCUUCUCGUUCGUACUCCAGCGAACGACGAGCACGGGAGAGAGAAAAGGAGCGGCAGAAGAAAGGCCUUCCUCCGAUCCGCUCAAAAUUUCUCAGUGUGUGUAGCACCACGUUGUGGGUGGGCCAGGUGGACAAGAAGGCCACACAGCAAGACCUUACGAAUCUUUUCGAAGAGUUUGGCCAGAUUGAAUCCAUCAAUAUGAUUCCUCCAAGAGGAUGUGCUUAUAUCUGCAUGGUGCAUCGACAGGACGCUUACCGCGCACGGCAGAAAUUGAGCACUGGCUCGUAUAAAAUUGGUUCCAAGGUUAUAAAGAUUGCUUGGGCCCUUAACAAGGGGGUGAAACAGGAAUACAAACAGUUCUGGGAUGUGGAUCUAGGGGUGACCUACAUCCCCUGGGAGAAGGUCAAACUGGACGACCUAGACGGCUUUGCAGAAGGGGGCAUGAUUGACCAGGAAACGGUCAACAGUGAAUGGGAAGCUCAGAAGAACACAGAGGCGCCUAAGGAACCCCAGGUUCAGCCGGUGGCUGCUGAGAGCAGUGCAGCAAGCACCUCACAAAACGAGACCUUCACACAGCCAAUCACCAUGAUGCCCGUGCAGAUCCCGGUGCCACAGACUGUCCCUGCUGUCAGCCUGGUCCCAUCCACUUUUCCGGUCACCAUGACAAUGCCCCCUCCAGGCUUCGGUCCCCCACCUCACUUUCUCAGGGCUGGAUUUAACACUACACAGCCUCCUCCAGGUUUCAUGGCCGCUUCCGGGGUUACCCAAUCUGCCGUCGGAGCCGGUCUCACCUCAGCACAAACAUCUCUGGUACAACCGACUCAAGAUGGCAACAAGGACUCGACGUUUGGAUCGAUGCUCCCUCCGACGAGCACUAUCCCAGCAAGCUUCAUGCCCUCGGGAAUGCCUGGGGCAGUGUUCAAUCACGUGGGAGCGCAAGCACAGCAAAACAGCACUGAGAAGACGAUUGCAUCUGCAGAGAGUGUAGACACACCUAAUGAAAUAACACUACAAGGGAUGCAGACUGCAGUGCGCAGUGGAAUGGGUUUACUGGGUAUGCAUCCUUCUGCAACCCUCUCUCACCCUCUCUCUGGCCAGAGGAUGCCUGGACUGCUGCCGCUUGACCUCCGGCCGAACCUUCUUCAGGGAGCUGGGGCUCGUUUUCCCAUGCUCAUGCAGCAAGGCCUGGCGCAGCAAGCCAGCAGCCUCUUGGACACCUCACUUCAAGCUCGUGCUCGAGCCCCGUUCCCUCAGAUGGAACACUUUAAUCGUGUAGAAAGUCCUUUUGCAAGGGCCCCCAAUCCAGCAGCUCCUGCACCAGACAAUAUGGACAAAGCCAACAACAAUAAUAAUAAUUCAACGACUGCUUCAGACAGCGGAGGCCAACAAGAAGGUGAUCAGGAUUAUCGCUUUCCACCGCAGGAGAAACAGAGCACAGGCCUGCUGAGGACGCCUCCUCCUGAGAUGAGGACGGAACCUACGCCUGUUCGAGCUCCACUGCUGGAGAGACCUUCCAGAGGAAGCAUGCACUUGGAGGGCCGAGAGGGACCCGGGAGACGGGAACCUGUCUCAAGCCCUUUCAGAGCCGAGACACGCUGGGGUGCACCGCGCGGGGACUUGGAUGAGCGAGAUAUGAGGGGAAUGUCAGCAGGACCACCGAAGAGCUUUCAGGAGGAGCGGGGGAAUCCGAAUUUCCAAAACCGUUUUGAGAUGCGAGGAGGAGUAGCAAUGGGUGGUGUAGGACCAGGCUGGAAUCGGGGAGGGGGAGGAGGAGGAGGAGGAGGAGGAGGUCCCUUCAAUGCCAACAUGCACCAGGACUUUGAUGAUAGGCGUCGGCCCUGGGAAAGGCAGAAGGACCGGGAUGACAGGGACUUUCGCAGAGAAAUAAACGACAACCGACACAGGGACCGGGAGCGAGACCGCGAACGGGGUCGAGAUAGGAAUCGGGAGCGAGAGAGAGAGCGAGAAAACGAUAAGGAAAGAGACAGGGAGCGCAGUGGCUGGGCGCCUCUUAAUUCCCAGGCUCAACCUCUCCUCCCCCUUCCCAGACCAUCUCAACCACUGCUGCCUCUACCGACACCUUUGCUAAACCUGCCUCCAUCUCAGCCAGAGUCGCAUCCUAAACCUCUCCUACCGCAUGAACCACAGCUCGCAACAAGGCAAGCUGAACCCCAUCCAGACGCAAAGCUCCCCCUGCAGCCGCAGCUCGAAAAAGACAGCACAGGUGAUCAAGAAAAGGAGGCCUCCUUUAGUGACAGUGUUCACAACCUGGACUCUAAACCUGAACCUGACCCUAAACCUGCCGCCGAGUUGUCUCACCACUCUCCGUCUGCUCCCAUGGCCAAUCCUUCAAAUGAAAUGCAAGGACCCGAACUGUCCCCUUCCCCACUUACGCCUGCAGGUGACGGACAGACCGCACCGAAGGAAGAAGCCGAGACUGGAACUGAGCCAGAGCUAGUGAAAACGGACACUGAGGAAACAUAAUCGUCACUCAGUAGGUAAAAAGAUUUUGUAUAGUUGUCAUCUCUGUACUUAUUUCAAACGGCUUCUGCAGGACCUGCUCAGUUCUGUUGCUCAAAAUAAGAAAAAAAUAUAUCUUUCAUGCCAGUUAUGUACAACAUAGAUGGCUCACAAUUUCACUGGUAGGUGAUUUUAAUGUUUUAUUUUAAUUUCGUUAUUUCUUGUUUAGUUUUUUUUUUUUUUUUUUUUUUAAAUGCAACCCCACUGUUUUAAAGCUAGGUUUUUAAAUCCAUGAAAUUUGCCUGCCAAAAUGUGUAGCCUAAUUGUAAUUUGGGGAGGGUGGGGAUCUGUGACCUUCCUAUGGAAGAGUUUAAAGGACACUGGCUUUUCCCCCCUAAAGGAUCAAAUGCAGAAUGCAUGAGGGGGGAAGAAGGAGAAAGUGAAAAGCAGUCAAGGCCUGUUCUGUGUUUUGUUUUCCAACCAGCGGCUGCAGAGUUUCAAAUGAAUUAAUGCCUUGUGGUGUCCUAAUGCUUGUUGUCUUUUAAGCAAAUUAUACGUGCAGCCUAUACAGUGAGAACAGUAAUGCAGUUCUAGUUGCUUAAAAAAAGAAUACAAAAGAUUAAAAACAUGAUGUACUAUCCCCAUCUUAAAUGUCUGAUUUUUCUUCAUCACACCGCAGCAAAUACUUCGCCUCAGCCAGAAAAGGUCACAGGAGGUGAAUGGAUGUUAAGAGCACUCUGUUUAGUAUGAAAUAAACAUGCUUUGUUGGUUAAAAAUG